AUGGACACGGAGAUCGAUCAGAAUCUAGAACAGAUUACGCGCGAGUAUGUAGACUUUUUGGAUGAUAUGGAGGACCAAGGUAUAUAUGCCACACUGGUUAAGAACAUGAUCCAGGAGAACAAAUACAGAUUGGUUGUAAAUAUCAAUGAUCUGAGAAGGAAGAAUUCUACACGUACAGUUGGUUUGUUAAAUAAUUCCUUUGAGGAACAAUUAGCAUUUCAAAAUGCCUUGAAACAGUAUAUCUCAAGUGUGGAUAUCGAUUAUGCUAAAAGCAACAAAGAUUUCUUUGUAGCUUUUGAAGGAAGCUUUGGAAACAAGCAUGUUACUCCAAGAACUCUCACUUCUCGUUUUCUGGGUAACUUAGUAUGUCUAGAGGGUAUUGUCACAAAAUGUUCACUGGUACGACCGAAAGUUGUAAGAAGUGUUCAUUAUUGUGAAACAACAAAAACAGUUCUCGAGAGAGCAUAUUCGGACUUAACUUCCUUAGAUGCUUUUCCACACUCCGCUAUAUAUCCAACCACUGAUGAAGAUGGCAACACUCUUGAAACAGAAUUUGGCUUGUCAACUUAUAAGGACCAUCAAACACUCACUAUACAAGAGAUGCCAGAAAAAGCUCCAGCUGGACAGUUACCGCGGAGUGUGGACGUGAUUUGCGACAAUGAUUUAGUAGAUUUGUGUAAACCCGGAGAUCGAGUACAGGUGGUUGGGAAUUAUCGAUGUCUUCCGGGAAAACAAGGUGGAUACACGACUGGAACUUUCAGGACUGUUUUAAUUGCCAACAAUAUAAUUCAACUCAGCAAAGAAGCAAACCUCGCAAUCUCUCACGACGAUGUAGCUAUGUGCAAGAAAUUGGCAAAGCACAAUCCUUGCAGGAAUAUCUUUGAGCUGCUUGCUAAGUCUCUUGCGCCAUCCAUACAUGGCAAUUCCUACAUAAAGAAAGCGAUUUUGUGUCUUCUUUUAGGCGGAGUGGAGAAGAUAUUGCCAAAUGGUACGAGGCUGAGAGGAGAUAUAAACGUGCUGCUUAUCGGAGAUCCAUCAGUAGCCAAGUCGCAACUAUUGCGUUAUGUGUUGUGCACGGCUCCACGGGCGAUUCCAACGACUGGAAGAGGAUCUUCGGGCGUGGGUUUGACCGCAGCGGUUACGGUCGACCAAGAGACCGGCGAACGCAGAUUGGAAGCAGGCGCGAUGGUCAUCGCGGACAGGGGUGUUAUUUGUAUUGAUGAGUUCGACAAAAUGUCAGAUAUCGAUAGAACGGCGAUACACGAGGUAAUGGAGCAAGGCAGAAUCACGAUCGCCAAGGCGGGUAUUCACGCCAGUCUAAAUGCACGCUGUUCAGUUUUAGCAGCCGCGAAUCCUGUAUAUGGAAGAUAUGACCAAUAUAAAACUCCCAUGGAAAAUAUCGGACUGCAGGAUUCUUUGCUAUCGCGUUUCGAUCUUCUCUUUGUUAUGUUAGACGUGAUCGAUUCGGAUCAAGAUCAUAUAAUCAGCGAUCACGUUGUCAGGAUGCACCGAUAUAGGAGUCCUUUGGAACAGGACGGUGAGGCUUUGAGUUUAGGCUCUAAGUUAGACAUGUUGACGACAAAGAAUCCGGAUGACGUGGUCACUGAAGAAACACAAUCGCAAGUCUAUCAGAAAUACGAUCCGCUCCUGCACGGACAAACACGUUCCAAAAAUGAUCAGAUUCUCAGUAUAAACUUCAUGAGAAAGUACAUCCAUAUCGCUCGAUGCAUGAAGCCUAAACUCACGGAAGAAGCUAGCGCUGUUAUUGCAGAAGAAUAUUCGAAACUUCGUUCAGAAGAUGUAGUGGAGUCGGACGUUGCAAGGACUCAACCAGUAACAGCGAGAACCUUAGAGACGCUGAUUCGUUUGGCAACCGCUCAUGCGAAAGCACGGUUGUCAAAAAACGUAGACAGCGAGGACGCGCGAGCCGCGAUCGAGCUGGUACAAUUCGCAUACUUCAAACGCGUACUGGAGAAGGACAGAAGAAAGCGAAGACGACGCGACAGCGACACAUCGGAAAACGAGGAUGAGGUCAACGAAGGAAGACAAACCAAGCGUACCAAGAAGACAACACAAGACUCUAACGAGAUUGAUCCAUAUGAAUACGAUAGCGAUGAUGCGCACAUCGAGGAAGCCACGAAAAGAGUGACUAGGGCACGGUCACAGAAAACUACACAUACGUCACCGAGCGGCACCACUGAAAGUGCAGAAACAUCUAUUCCUGAAACAACAUCGACAACGCCAACGAUUUCGCAGGAAAGACUUACCGUGUUCAAGUCGUCGCUUCACAACUUGUUCCAAGAACGAAGGGCACAAAUGAUACCUCUGGCAGAUGUUACCACUUAUCUGAACACAACGCAUUCGUUAAAUUUCACGUCCGACGAGAUCACCGCCGCUAUCGACGUUAUGACGAACAACAAUCAAAUUAUGGCCGCGGAUGGCAACAUCUUCCUGAUAUAAAAAACCUUUCUUAUUGUAAUAUUUCAUUUAUUCUAAAGAAAGAAUAACAGAAAGAAAGAAGUACCAUUAAUUUAUUAGUUAAGUCGAGAAUAGAUUAUGCGAUAAUGGCACGAUUAUGUUAUUAAUAGUAGCCAUUAUAAUUUUUAUUCUAUUUUUUAUAUGUAUUGUUCGCACUUAUACCAGUGAUGGAAAAAUAACAAAUUGUACAACAUUAUACGAA